GAGUCAACUAACAUCGUGUCUGCUCAACUUCGUGCAUCAUUCGUUCGUAUACGAGCGACAACUCAACACAUUGUACCUUAGCAGCAGCAGCAGCGCUCUAGCCAGCCAGCCAGCACCUCGAACAGGUUUCAUGCUCGUCGAACGAAAACAGAAAGGUGCUCAAUUCAGUGCAGUGUGGAGGUAUUCGCGUGUUGACGUAUCGCGGAAAUUGUAAAAAUUUCUUUGACAAACUUUUCAAUGCCCCUGCAUGCAGUGUAGUAGGCACAAUACUUGAAAAGGCAAAGUCGUGUAGACUCAAGCAGACAAAAAAAGCAUAAUAUUUAUAUAGAAAUCAAAAGACUUUGGCAACGCAACGACGUCUCGUCUUGUUACUCAACGUGUAGCAAAAAAACAAUUGUAUUGUUUUUAUGAAAAACGUAAAAUAACGCGUGUAAUGCCGGAAGCCGCAAGUGAACUUUAUAAAAAAAUCCAAAAAUUGUGUAUCUGAAAAAUGCAGAAAAUUUAUAUUUUUUAAAGUGAAAAAGUGCAUGAGCAGCCGCCUAAGUCUUACUUGGAUACUUUUGUUAAUUGACUAAAUAAUUUUUGAUGAUUUUUAAUAAUCAGAAUUUGCACAAAAACGCACAAGCAUUACGGCACUCAAAGACGACGGGCGAAAGACGGAGAAUAAAAAGGCAGCGCGGUGACUAGUGCAGUGAAGGUGAAGCGCGGAAGAGUGUAGUUAAAACGAAGUGCUACCUGUGCAAGUAACGGUGCAAAAGAAACAGUGUUUGGGAAAAUUAAAAAUUUGCGAAAGUAGCGAACAAAAAUUUGCUAAAAUAGCGAGUAAAAAAGUGGUUUGCUUAGAAAGCGCUAACAAAAUCCAUAUAAAUAAGACAAGCGCGCGCAUAGGCUUACAUGAAAAAGUUAACUAUUAAAGAAAAAAUUAAAAAUUUGUGAAAAAAAUUUGACAAGCGUGUUUCAAGUGAAGCGCAGCUUCAUCGCAAAUAAACUACAACAACACAAACAGUCAUUACACCAACACACGCAGACACAGCAGCAGCGCAAAAAAAUAUAGAAAAAAAUAACAAUUUUUUUUGACGCGCAAAAAAUGGUUUCAAAACAGUGCAAAUUAAACACCAACAACUUAUUAAUUUACCACAAAGUGUAACAAAAGUGUGCGCUCAACUAGCAAACAAUAUAAGCCCAAAAAUUUAAGAAAAACAUAGAAGGCGCAAAGCCAAACGCAACAUUUAGCGCACCAAACGCUAAGCAAACACACUAAUUUACGCCAGCAAGACAAGCGUUAGCAACGCAACAAUAAUUACAAUAAUAAUUACUACAAAUCAUAUAAGACACACAACAACAACGCCGUGUACGCUAUACCGCCACAACAACCAGCACACAACAUGUUGACCAUGGAAUCGGAUAUGAAAGGCGGCAUCUUGCAUGCCACCAUGCCGCCGCAUCACGCGUCCGCCGCUUUGCAUGGCCAUGCCGCGUCGCCGUAUAGCGCGCUCGGACCGCUCAUGAAUCUGGGACAAUCACACUUGACACAAUCGCAUUUGAGUCAGCAUCAUCAUCAUCAUAUGGCCACACAUUUGGCCAGCAGCGGUGGACAGCAACAAAGCGCGCUGCUGGGCAAUGGUGGUGGUGGCGGUGGUGGACUCGGCAGCAAUCCGCUGAGUUCAUUGCAGACCAGCAUGGCAAAUACGCUGAAUGGCAGCGCCAGUCUGCAACAGCAGCAACAACAACAGCAGCAGCAACAUGGUUCACCAUUGCACAGCGCUAGCGACUUGAGUCCCACACAAUCGAGCAUCGGCAGUCAUCAUAUGACAUCGCCGGGUGGUCAACAGCAACAACAGCAGCAACAGCAACAUCAUGGCGUGCAUCACCACAGCGGUAUGGGUGGCGGUGGCGCCUCUAUUGGCGGUCAAAAUGCAAAUGUACCCACAGUGAUUGGCAGCGGCAGUCACAAUGUGAAUAACAAUAACGCCUCGACCACGAAUAAGAAUCAAGCGAAUGCGGAGCGCGUUAAGCGUCCCAUGAACGCGUUUAUGGUGUGGUCACGCGGACAGCGCCGCAAAAUGGCCUCCGACAAUCCGAAAAUGCACAACUCAGAGAUUUCCAAACGUUUGGGCGCACAGUGGAAGGACCUCUCCGAAGCCGAGAAGCGUCCAUUCAUCGACGAAGCGAAACGUUUGCGCGCCGUGCAUAUGAAGGAGCAUCCAGAUUACAAGUAUCGGCCACGACGCAAAACAAAGACGCUAACCAAAUCGAAGGAGAAAUAUCCAAUGGGUGUCGGCUCAUUGUUGCAGCCAAACGAACCGAAUACACCUAACGCGGCGCGCAAUACAAGCGCCAGCUCGAUGGCAGCCGCACAACAGGCUGCCGCCGUCAAUCGUGAUAUGUAUCAGAUGAGCGCACCCAACGGCUAUAUGCCGAACGGUUAUAUGAUGCAUGAUCCAUCCGCGGCCGCAUACCAAAGUCAGCACAGCGCCUAUAUGGGCAACUAUCAUCGUUACGAUAUGGGACAAAUGCAUCAGGCGGCCGCUGCUGCGGGCUCACUCAACUACAUGAAUCCGGCGGCGAGUGGCGGUUACGGCAUGUACGGCACUGUGUCGGGUGGACAAACCUCACCGUAUGCCAGCAUACAGCAGCCCGGUUCACCCUAUAGCAAUGUACAACAACAGCCGGGUUCGCCGUACGGUCUCACAGGCGGUCAACCGGGUUCACAAGUCUCCUGCCAAAGUCACAGUCCGAGCGAUUCGAGCAUCAAAUCCGAACCGGUCUCACCCAGCCCGCUACAUAGUCAAGCGCAACAAAAUUCCGCCGCUGUGCUCGCCGCCAACAACAAUAACAAUCAUAUAAUGAAACGUGAAUACGGCGCGACGCAACAAACGACCGAUUUGAAUCAUUUGAUGAAUAUGUAUCAUUUACCCGAUGGCAUGCAGGCAUCAGCCGCCGCCGCCGCAGCCGCUGCGGAACAUCAACGCAAUCUGAUGCAUUAUCAGAACAGUUCGCCGGACUUGCAGCAACAGCAUGCGCAACAUCAGCAAUCGAUGCGCGCGAUGGCGCCACUCGCUCACAUGUGAGAAAUGGCCGGUGCUUAUGGUCAGUCAGCGCUCGCAAUCGCCACAAUUGCAUCCACUAAUGCCUCCGACGUCGCUGCCGCCAGGGCCGGCGCCACCGCUAAUGCCAUUGCCACCAACGCCGGCACAACCGUAACGGAUAUGACGAGCGCGUUGGAGCAACAUCAUGGCAUGGUGGUGCCACCCGCCUCCACAUCCACAUCGCCUACCACCCCGCCCACAACAUUGCUGCAACAUACGCAGCAACUAACGCACGCGCAUGCACAACUGCAGCUGGCGCAGCAGCAUCACCAACAGCUGCAGCAACAACAACAACAAUUGCAUCUAACAUCACAAUUGGAGCUGGAGCCGCCGGCGUCAGCAAGCGCUGCCAGCUUGUUGCACGCAGAGCACAACGGCGGCGGCGGUGGCGGCGGCGGUAAUUUGCACAACGGCUUGCAUGGCCAGUCGCUGGACGGUGUCGGCGGCAAUAGCAGCAGCAGCUCGAGCAACAACAACGGUGGCAGCGGUGGCGUCAGCAUGCUGCACAGCUAUGUGAACGGCAUGCAUGGCGGCCGUCCCAGCCCGACGGCUUCAGGUUCUUCCGGCGGCAGCCGCUCGUCGGCGCAUUCACUGCCGUUGCCGGCGCACUCACCAGCGCUGCAGCAUCAAGUGAAUGGCGCUUAUCUGCAGGCGGCGAGCUGUGGCUCAGCGCUCACCGCCACCGCCACCACAAUUGUGUCGCCCGCGCUGAUGGGCCGCCUGGGCGGCAGUCAUGGCGAUGUGAACGGCGGCGGUGGCGGUGGCGAUGGCCUGGGCGUUGGCGGUCCGUUGGCGCUGCUGCACCAUCACCACCAGCACCAUCACCAUUUGGCGCCGCAUCAUCACCAUCACCACCACCAUCCCCACCACAGCGUCACGCAUCAGCUGCACCAUCCGCACGACGCAGCCGUUGGACUGUUGGAUAUAUCCACACUGUAAAUUAACUACAAAUUACACAAGUACAUUUAGCCGAGUAAUUAAGAGAAAAUUAUAAUAAUUAAAAAUAAAAUUAAACAAGUUUUAGCUGUAGUUGUAAAGUGCAUAAAAAUAAUUAUUAUAAAUAAAUUAAUUUAAAAUUAAAAAAAUAAUAAAAAA